CCCAUAUACCGAUGGUGAUGGGUUCAAACCCAGCCCCAGCCAAACUGCAACAACAACAAAAAAAUAGCCGGUCGUUGUGGUGGGCGCCUGUAGUCCCAGCUACUGGGGAGGCUGAGGCAAGAGAAUCGCCUAAACCCAGGAGUUGGAGGUUGCUGUGAGCUGUGAUGUCAUAGCACUCUACCAAGGGUGAUAAAGUGAGACUCUGUCUCUAAAAAAAAAAGAGAGAGAGAGGGACAGAGAGAAGUGCUUUAUUUGUGGGGAAGCCCGACAGGAACAGACGUGAGGACUGGAGGGAGCUGCGUCCCGCUUGCCCAGACCAGCGAGGGCGCCGGGCUUUCCUCGCAGAAAGGGCGAGCGCGGCGGCCAGCCACCCGCGCCCCUCGUCCUCCGCGGAGCUCCACCGCUCUGUUACGCUCGCUGUGCGCCUUCGCGGGCUCCGCAGACCCACGAGAUGGCGCCAAGCUUUUACAGGAGGAAUGGGCAGCGCUGGUGCCUCAUGCUGCUGCCUUGGGUCUCCCGGCUUCUCUCCGCAGUCACCCAGACCCGCGCGGCGACAGAGCCUGCUUCCCAGGGCCACCUGGACCUCACGGAGCUCAUCGGUGUCCCACUGCCCUUAUCUGUGUCCUUUGUCACGGGCUAUGGUGGCUUCCCAGCCUACAGCUUCGGGCCUGGCGCCAACGUCGGCCGCCCGGUCAGGACCCUCAUCCCAUCCACCUUCUUCAGAGACUUUGCCAUCAGUGUCACGGUGAAACCCAGCAGUGCCCAAGGCGGCGUGCUCUUCGCUAUCACUGAUGCCUUCCAGAAGGUCAUCUACCUGGGCUUGAGGCUCUCAGGUGUGGAGGACGGCCACCAGCGGGUCAUCCUUUACUACACGGAGCCCGGAUCACAUGUGUCCCAAGAGGCUGCUGCUUUUUUGGUGCCUGUGAUGACCCACAAGUGGAACCGCUUUGCCGUGAUUGUCCAGGGUGAGGAAGUGACGCUCCUCAUGGACUGCGAGGAGCACAGCCACAUCCCCUUUCAGCGGUCGCCCCGGGCUUUGGCUUUCGAGUCCAGCGCAGGAGUUUUCGUGGGCAACGCAGGAGCCACGGGGCUGGAGAGAUUCACCGGCUCCAUACAGCAGCUGACUGUGUACCCUGACCCUAGGACCCCUGAGGAGCUGUGUGAAGCUGAAGAGUCCUCGGCUUCAGGAGAGGCCAGUGGGCUUCAAGAGACAGACGGAGUAGCUGAGAUCUUAGAAGCCGUCACCUACACUCAAGCCCCGCCUAAAGAAGCAAAAGUUGAGCCCAUAAACAUACCUCCUACUCCACUCUUUCCCUCUGAGGACCCGGAGCUUUCUGGUGAGCCUGUACCUGAGGGGACCCCGGAAACCAUCAACAUGAGUGUCAUUCAGCUCAGCAGCCCUGAGCAAGGGUCUGGUGAGAUCCUGAAUGACACACUGGAAGGGGUUCACACUGUGGACGGUGACCCCAUUACUGACACCAGCUCAGGGGAUGGGGCCAUCCUUGACAUCAUUAAAGAAAAGGAUUUAACAGCAACAGCAGCAGGGGUGGCUGAGGUCCCCCUCAACUCGACGGAGGAAGCAGAGGCUGAUAGCGUGCCCACUGGGGGACCAACCCUCUCCAUGGCCACCCAAAGCCCCGGGGAAGGAGUUUCUCCAAGUCCAGACUAUGAAGAAAGACCAGCAGCCGCAGCAACACAGGAGGCCGAGCUUCCCAUCAGUACUGCUGGGGAAGCAGAGGCCAGUGGUGUGCCCACCGAGGACCUGGCCCUCUCCACGGCCACCCAGCACCUGGGGGAAGAGGUCACUCUGGGUCCCAAUGGUGAAGAAAGUUUAACAACAGCUGCCGCUGUGACAGAAGGGGAACUCAGCAGUUCUGAGGAUGAGGAAGCCAGCGGGGUCCCCACAGAUGGCCUGGGCCCCCUCACACCCACAGCAGCAGCUCCUGGGGAAGUGGUCACUCCUGGUCCUGUCGAUGAAGAAGUCUCUGUAGCAGCCACAACAGGGGCACCCCUUACCACAUUGUGGGGUGAGGAGUCGGGCAGCGCUCCCCCCGAUGGGCCACCACUCCCGGUCCCCACAGCGGCUCCUGAAAGAGUGGUCACUCUGGCUCAGAGAACACGUGAGGGAAUGAAAGGACAGGCUGGGCCCAAAGGAGAAAAGAGUGAUGUUGUGGAAGAGCUUCCUGGUUCCCCUGAACCUUCCGGCCCUACGGUGGGAGCAGUGGAGGCGGAGGGCUCUGGCCUGGGCUGGGGCUUGGAAGUUGGUUCCGGCUUCGGUGACCGGCUGGGCAGCGAGGAGCUGUUGAGAGGUCCUCCAGGUCCCCCAGGCCCACCUGGCUUGCCUGGGAUUCCCGGAAAACCAGGAACUGAUGUUUUCAUGGGACCGCCUGGAUCUCCUGGAGAGGAUGGAGCUGCUGGUGAACCUGGGCCCCUGGGCCCUGAGGGACCGCCUGGAGUUGAUGGAGCCACCGGCCUUCCUGGGAUGAAAGGGGAGAAGGGAGCAAGAGGACCUAAUGGCUCCGUUGGUGAAAAGGGUGACCCUGGCAACAGAGGCUUACCAGGACCCCCAGGGAAAAAUGGACAAGCUGGCACUCCUGGAGUCAUGGGACCCCCGGGGCCCCCUGGCCCUCCUGGUCCCCCAGGCCCUGGAUGUGCAAUGGGACUUGGAUUUGAGGAUACUGAAGGCUCUGGAAGUGCCAGGCUGCAGCAUGCACCCAAAAUCUCCGGACCCAUGGCGCCAAGCGGUCCCAAAGGAGAGAAAGGAGAGCAGGGACCCAAGGGUGAAAGGGGAAUGGAUGGUGCCAGCAUUGUGGGACCCCCUGGGCCCAGAGGGCCACCUGGGCACAUUGAGGUCUUGUCUGGCUCCUUGAUGAAUAUCACUGAUGGAUCCCUGAAUUUCUCCAGCAUUCCUGAGCUUGUGGGACCUCCGGGGCCAGAUGGUAUUCCUGGGCUGCCGGGAUUCCCAGGGCCUAGAGGACCAAAAGGUGACACUGGUGUUCCUGGAUUUCCAGGACUAAAAGGAGAACAGGGCGAGAAAGGAGAACCAGGUACCAUCCUGACAGGGGAUAUUCCUCUGGAAAGACUGAUGGGGAAAAAGGGUGAACCUGGAGUGCACGGAGCCCCUGGAGCAAUGGGGCCCAAAGGACCACCAGGACACAAAGGAGAAUUUGGCCUUCCCGGCCGGCCUGGUCGCCCAGGAUUGAACGGCCCCAAGGGUGCCAAAGGAGAUCGGGGGAUCAUGAUGCCGGGCCCACCUGGCUUACCUGGUCCCCCAGGCCCUCCUGGACUACCUGGAGCUGUGAUUAACAUCAAAGGAGCUGUUUUCCCGAUUCCUGUCCGGCCACACUGCAAAACACCGGUCAGUACCACUCAUCCUGGGAAUCCAGAACUCAUCACUUUCCACGGUGUUAAAGGAGAAAAAGGAUCCUGGGGUCUUCCUGGCACAAAAGGAGAAAAAGGCGAUCAGGGAGCCCAGGGACCACCAGGUCCUCCAGUCGAUACAGCUUACCUGAGACAUUUUCUGAACAGCUUAAAGGGGGAGAAUGGAGACAGGGGCUUCAAAGGAGAAAAAGGAGAUUCUAACGAUAACUUCUUUGUGUCUGGGCCGCCAGGACUGCCUGGAAAUCCAGGCCUGGAAGGCCAGAAAGGGGAGACGGGCAUUGGGCCCCAAGGACCCCCAGGUGCACCUGGCUUGCCUGGGCCACCUGGCUUUGGAAGACCUGGUGCCCCUGGGCCACCAGGACCCCCCGGGCCACCAGGACCUCCAGCUAUCCUGGGAGCAGCUGUGGCCCUUCCAGGCCCACCUGGCCCUCCAGGGCAGCCAGGGCUCCCCGGCUCCCGAAACUUGGUCACGACCUUCAGCAACAUGGCUGACAUGCUGCAGAAAGCUCACCUGGUGAUAGAAGGAACGUUCAUCUACCUGCAGGACAGCACUGAGUUUUUCAUCCGCGUUAGAGAUGGCUGGAAAAAAUUACAGCUGGGAGAGCUGAUCCCCAUUCCUGACGACAGCCCUCCACCCCCAGCCCUGUCCAGCAACCCACAUCGCCCUCCACCUCCAGUGAACCCUAUUUCAAGUGCCAAUUACGAGAAGCCUGCCCUGCACUUGGUCGCCCUGAACAUGCCAUUUUCUGGGGACAUUCGAGCUGAUUUUCAGUGCUUCCAGCAGGCCAGGGCUGCAGGCCUCUUGUCCACCUACCGAGCAUUCUUAUCCUCCCACUUGCAAGAUCUCUCCACAGUUGUGAGGAAGGCAGAGAGACACAGCCUUCCCAUAGUGAACCUCAAGGGCCAAGUACUUUUUAAUAAUUGGGACUCGAUUUUUUCUGGCCAUGGAGGUCAGUUCAAUACUCACAUUCCAAUAUACUCCUUUGAUGGCCGAGACGUAAUGACAGAUCCUUCUUGGCCCCAGAAGGUCAUCUGGCAUGGCUCCAGCACCCAUGGUGUCCGCCUUGUGGAUCAGUACUGUGAAGCCUGGCGAACAGCGGACAUGGCAGUCACGGGAUUCGCCUCCCCGCUGAGCUCGGGGAAUAUUCUGGACCAGAAAGCAUAUAGCUGUUCUGAUAGGCUAAUUGUCCUAUGUAUCGAGAACAGUUUCAUGACAGACGCUAGGAAGUAAUGAUUCUUAAUGAGUUUUCAAAUUUUUCCUAUGUGAAGAGUUGACACUGAAAUCUAAAAUGUUUAAAUGUUGUAAAUAUUACAGUGUUUUAUUACGUAUUCGUUAUAAGAGCAACCAAAGAAAACAUACCUCAAUACACUCAAAACUGAAGACAUAAAGGACUCAGAUCAAAGACAAAAUCUGAUCCAUCUCUUGGUGCUAGAUUCUGCAGGAAACGCCAUGCAGUGCGGACACAUCCCAGCACAGGUUAAGAGCAAGUUGAAAACAGCAGGCCGUGGCACUCUGCCCGCUGCAUCCUUCAGAAAGUUACUUCCUCCUUUUAGGCAUUGUUGUUGAGUGUUCCGAUGUCCUUCAUGUUUUCUUACCAAGUCAGUGUUUAGGAAUGUUUCCCCUCUCUAAGUUAUGUGCAGACAGAGUGCUUUUUUCUUUCCCAUACAUCCAUCAUUUGUAACUGGUUUUCUUACAGAGAAACAGAACUGUUCAAAUGAUCCUGUUUAACAUUUUUUUCCUUAAAAUAUUAUUGCCAUGAUGCUUUAGGAGUUUUUAUAUGUUUACACAAUCAUAUUUUAGAAUGGCAUCUGUUUAUAUAACUCUGACUUGCUGGAAAAGUUGAAACUCCAAAUUAUCUGAAACUCGAAAAGAAAUAGCACAUAAUUGCUACUUUCCCUUGGCGGCUCCUCUCCCCACCCCUACCCCACAAUUUUAUGACUUCCAUUAGGCAAGUCUUGAACUACAACUACAACCGAAACAAACAGGUUCAUAGAGAUGAAUUUUCUGACAAACGUAUCUUCAUGCUGUAUACUUUGAUUAUUUUUCCAUGUAAGUGAACAUAAAAUCAUCUUUUCC